UGAAGAAUGUAACCCAAGACAUGAAAGUCCUCGGCAUUCGAUGAUUAAUCGUAUUUUCCGUCAAUCAAAGCGUUGGCUUCCGCAAGUAAGUGGACAGCGGGGAACUCAUUCCCUGUUCACCAGUAUCACACGAUGCAGGGUUGUCCUUAUUAUUGGCCUGCUGCAAUGGUGAAUGCCGAAUAUUAGAAAGCCGUAGUUCAUCGGUGCAUUCCGGAUUGUCCCUUAUCAGACAGCUGAGAAUCUAGAACAGGGGUUGAGUGGUUGCAUAUCCUUCCAUCUCACAACUUCCGCAAUAUACACGCUCUUGAGAAUUGUCCAAAUCGCCUCCAUUACACUCUUUGCGCAACAGAGUGAACAGCAACUAUGAGUACUUCCCUUUCGCUGCAAGUUACCCUCACUCCGCCCAUCAUUCCAGCCUUCUCCGAGCCACCGACAGUGCCUAUCCGAGUAACCCUGCAUAAUCCCUCCCACACGCCGAUCACAGUGCUCAACUGGGGUACCCCGCUGGACCCUAGCGCUAAUGUUCUGAGCAUCUUCGAGCUCCGUGAUACAACCGAAAAUCAGCCGGUGACCCUUCCAACUAUCAAAAUAUCCCGUCGGAUGCCACCUUCAGCCGAGGAUUUAGUAGAGAUUCCCGCGGGUAGUUCUGUUGAGAAGGAAGUUACACUGCCUCACGUUCCACUCAUUAUGGGACAUGAAUAUUCCGUCCGGGUAAAGGGAAACUGGCAUUCUGUUUGGGAGAGUCCUCGCGAAGACGUUACCGCAGAAAAGCUGGAGCAGCUCGGAGAUGCCCAACGGGGCGAGUUCUCAUCCGAUGUUGUUCCCCUACGCAUUAAAUACGAGGGGUGAUAUUGUUGCUUGUUGAUUUCUUCCAGAGUUAUAGCCAGUUGUUAUGUUACUUUCGUCUGCUGUUCAGCCAAAUGCGAACUAAUCUGCAAUCGAGGAUACUUUGACAUCGCGAAAUGCUGUACUCUUUCAGAACAGUACACCCAGUAGGUGUUCGGUCUGGUGGUAUGCUUCGGUCUAUAGAUCGAACGAAAAUCCAUUGAGCAAAUGUGAC